AUGACACGUGCUGUGAACCUCAGCUGUGGGACAACCGAAGGAGAGAUAACACUCAGCAAAAACAGAACCCAAACCAUCCCCGUUUCUCUCAGCCCCAACUGCUCGGCGGCUUGGAGGGCAGCAAAUGUUUCAGCCGUGCUCAAAGGGAAGGCUUUGCUCUGGAGUCAGCAUGGAGAGCUCGCCUUGCCUCCCCUCCAUGCCCCUCCCCACCAGCACUGGCUGGGUUUGAAUCUCAGCUCCCUGGCGCCUCGCCCUAAGCCCUGGAAUGCGAACCCCAAGGGCCAAACACCCCGAGGCUCUCAGGUCCCAGGCGUGGACACCUUCCUGGCCUUGGCUGUCACGGCCCAGAUGGAAGCAAAGACAGCUCCCCUCUCCACGGGUCGGCUGGUCCUCCUGCCCCGAGAGCAGGAGCCCAGGCACAGGCUCUGCAUGGAGUUCUCCAUCUACCUCUCCCAGGGCGGCUACGCAGAGGCCGUCUGCCUCUCGCUCUCUGGGUCCCACCUGCAGCCUGUCCCAGUGGAUUCUGCAGGCUCCACAGUGAUGCUGGGAAAAGGCCCAAACACCCGGACAAAGCACAUGGACGGCUGCCAAUGCCAAAAUGGCAAGAAGCAGAGGAAAGGCAGCUGGCUCCGACACUUUGCCAACCGUGUGCAACACUGCAGGUACCUAGAGCCAGCGAGGAGCUACCAAACUGGUUCCCGUCCAUGCUUGCAGCGGCUGCUGUCGCAGAGGCAGGACAGGAGUGCGUGGCUGUGCCAAGUAUCCUUCUGGGAUGAACCAAUUCUCUUGUCCCAGGUCGGGCAUGAUGGAGAGGCCAGAAGAGGAGCAGAGCCACUCAAGGUGUGCACAUCAGAAGAGAGUGAUUUUAAGAAACUGGCUGACACUGGCAAGUUCAAACUCUGCAGGAUGACUCCCAGCCACUUCCAGUCCUCACCCUGCCCCAACUUCUCUACCUUUGCCUCUCCACCAGCCCUGAGGCCUCGCCAUGCAAGUCCAGCAGUCGGGCCUGUUUCCCGAGUCACUGAGUCAGCGAGUGAUGAGACCUGCUGGAAAUAUGUGUGGAGGAUGGGCGAAUCCACUCAGCCUUGGAUGGGGCGGCAGGAAAAAGGCAGCCCCAAGCCCAACGCAGCUCAGGUGGCUCCCGUCCUGUGUGGGCAGUGA